AUGAGAGGAGGACCUAGAAGUAUUGAAGACUACUUAUACCAUAAGCUUCUAGAGAGUCAAGCUUUUCAUCGAUUUGUAAGACGUAUAUACUAUAAAAUCAACGGAAUACGAGAUAUUCCGUUGGACCAUUCUGUAAGGCAAUCACCGACGACUUUUCAGCCGACUGGUCUUCAGAAAUUUAAAGCAUUUAGAACCUUGUUUUGGGACGAAAUCAGGAGCACUAUUGGGUUCCCACGAAGAUUUAGGUAA